AUGAUACAUGCGAAGACCGAAGACACCGGAGGAAUCGACAAGCAUCGAGCGAAAUCCACAGAUAAGACAAGGCAUGCCGCAGGGGCUGCGUCUAAGUCGAAGCCAGCCACGAAACCUGAACGUGAUCAUGGCAGCGAUGAGGAGAAUGGGGAAGAUGACCCAGGACGCGACACAGCACGAGCAACAGGUGAAAAAAAAAUCACAAUCUUCACCAUAAGCACCGAGCCGCACGUGAAAAAGCCAAUCAUCUGCCACAGAUACACACCUCCCACACCUCCCACGGCCUCAAACCAGCCACCCUUCAUCUUCACCCACGGCGCAGGCGGCACCCUCUCCGCGCCAGCCGUGGUCAACUUCUGCACAGGAUUCGCCUCCGCCUCGCUCUUCUCCAUCCUCGUGUUCCAGGGCUCCGUGAACCUCGGCGCGCGCGCAAAGGGCUUCCACGCGUGCCGCGCACACGUCUGCGGGCCUGGGGGCGGCGCGCAUCAGCCGCUGUUGCUCGGGGGACGCAGCAUGGGCGCGCGCGCUGCUGUUAUGGCUGCUACGGAAGAUCUAGCCGCGGUGCGCGAGGGGCAGCGGGAUAGGAGGGUGGGAUUGGUGCUUGUGAGUUAUCCGCUGCAAGGACCGAAGGAGGUCAGGGAUAGGAUGUUGCUGGAUCUGCCCAAGGGGGUCGAGGUCUUGUUUGUUGUGGGUGAGAGAGAUGCGAUGUGUCCGCUGGAGUUGUUGGAGGGGGUCAGGGAGAAGAUGAAGGCUACGAGCAGAGUGGUGGUGGUGAGAGGCGCGGAUCACGGGAUGAAUGUCAGGCCGGCGGGUGGGACGAGGGAGGUGGGCGAGGAGACAGGAAAGAUAGCAGCAAGGUGGCUCAGUGGGGAGAUGGAACCAGAGGGCGAGACGUUGUAUGUGGGAGGAGAAGAAAAGUAG